AUGUCAGCCCACUGCAUGUGCACACCCACGUUACCCCACUGCGUGCGCACACCCACGUCAGCCCACUGCGUGCUCACAGCCACGUCAGCCCACUGCGUGCUCACACCCACGUCAGCCCACUGCGUGCUCACAUCCACGUCAGCCCACUGCGUGCUCACACCCACGCUGCUGGCCCCAGGUGCUGAGCUCUGUGCCCGACUCUGCCCUCCCCAGGCUCAGCGCUGGCGCAGCGAGAACUUUGAGAGGCCCGUGGAUCUCGAGGGCUCUGGGGAUGACGACUCCUUCCCCGAUGACGAGCUGGAUGACCUCUACUCAGGGUCGGGCUCAGGCUACUUCGAGCAGGAGUCAGGCAUCGAGACAGCCAUGCGGUUCAGCCCGGAUGUAGCCGUGGCAGUGUCGACCACACCUGCAGUGCUGCCCACCGUGGACAUCCAGCCUGUGGGCACCCCGUUGGAAGAGCUCCCCUCUGAGCACCCCACCCCGGAGCCGGCCACCAGCCCCCCCGUGGUGACAGAAGUCCCAGGAGAGCCCAGCCAGAGAGCCACCACCAUCUCCACUCCCACGGCUACCACGGCCGCCACGACUGCAGAGGCCCUGACUGUGGCCACGGUGCCUGCCACGGUGGCCACUGCCGCCCCCAGCCUCCCCGCGGCCCCCCCUUCCACGGCCACCCCCUCCGUCAUAAGGACCACCGGCGUGCAGAGGCUUCUGCCUCUUCCAUUGACCACGGCAGCCACGGCCCGGGCCACCACCCCAGCAGCGCCCUCACCUCCCACCACAGUGGCUGUCUUGGACACAGAGGCCCCAACACCCAGGAUGGUCAGCACAGCUACCUCCAGGCCAAGGGCCCUUCCCAGGCCAGCUACCACCCAGGAGGCUGACAUCCCCGAGAAGAGCACCUUGCCCCUGGGGACCACUGCCCCGGGACCCACAGAGGUGGCUCAGACCCCAACUCCGGAGUCCAUCCUGACCACGAUCCGGGAUGAGCCCGAGGUGCCCGUGAGCGGGGGGCCCAGCGGGGACUUUGAGCUGCCAGAGGAGGAGACCACACAGCCAGACACAGCCAAUGAGGUGGUGGCCGUGGGCGGGGCUGCAGCCAAGCCGUCACCUCCACCUGGGACGCUGCCCAAGGGUGCACGCCCAGGCCCCGGCCUCCUGGACAAUGCCAUCGACUCAGGCAGCUCGGCUGCUCAGCUGCCUCAGAAAAGCAUCCUGGAGCGGAAGGAGGUGCUCGUAGCUGUGAUUGUAGGUGGGGUGGUGGGCGCCCUGUUCGCUGCCUUCCUGGUCACGUUACUCAUCUACCGCAUGAAGAAGAAGGAUGAGGGAAGCUACACACUGGAGGAGCCCAAGCAGGCGAGCGUCACGUACCAGAAGCCUGACAAGCAGGAGGAGUUCUACGCCUAGCGGAGCCACAGUGCCUCCCGUAGCUCAGCAUCACCCCUCUGCCUAGCCCCUGGCCCGGCCUCACCAGCCCUGGCCUGGGA